UCUGUGUCUGUGUGUGUGUGUCUGUGUGUGUGUGUGAAUAAAUAAAAGAAUUGGGCAGAAGCACUUUGGUGUAACUGUGUGAACGAGAGGCUGAGCUCAGAGCAGAGGAGACAGGAGCACAGGGAAGGAAGAGGAGGAGGUUGAGAAAGAGUCAAAGAGAGACAGAGGAGAGCAACGAGAGGGAGAGAGAGAGAGAGACGAGAGAACGUGGAACAGGUUCUUUCUGCAGCCCUCACACUCAGCCUCAGCAGAUAUGCCUAACUUUACUGGCACCUGGAAGAUGAAGAAGAGUGAGAAAUUUGAUGAACUUCUCAAAGCUCUGGGGGUGAAUGCCAUGCUGAGGAAGGUGGCUGGGGCAGCAGCCUCAAACCCUCAGGUGGAGAUCCGUCAGGACGGUGAACAGUUCUACAUCAAGACAUCCACCAGUGUGCGCACCACCGAGAUCAACUUCCACAUCGGUAAAGAGUUUGACGAGGAGACGGUGGACGGACGCAAGUGCAAGAGUCUCGCCACCUGGGAGUCGGAGAACAAGAUCCACUGUGAGCAGACUCUGGUGGACGGUCCCGGCCCCAAGACGUUCUGGACCCGAGAACUGAAUGGAGAUGAGCUAACACUGAUAUUUGGGGCCGAUGAUGUCGUGUGCACACGGAUCUACAUGCGGGAAUGACACACCUGGAUCAGGACAAAGCAGAAACCCAGUUGGACCACAACCCACCACACUCUGUCAUGCUAACACAUUUGCCAAGUAUCCCGUGUAAUCUGUAGGUAUCAGUCUCCAUAUAGCCUCCACACGCAACAGCGUACAGUGUUUUCAGUAAUCUGGUUUAUCCGUAGUGAGUAUUGUGUCUGCGGUGCAGUAGCUGGACAUCUCAAGUGUCCACAUCAGCAACUCUUGUGUCUACAGUUGACGUACCAUUCAGUCGAGUUAUUUCAUGUUCAAUCAAAGGAAACAAUAAAAAUGAGACAAACAA